GACCUGAGCCAGAGUAGCUCAUCUUUCUCUUCACAAGCCAAGGGGAAUUUUGACAUGGAGAGAGAGAGAGAGACGAGGAUGAAGACCCGACCCGAUGCAUAGGCUCCACCGCAAAGUCCGAACAAUUGAGGAGAUUAUAUAUGAUGACCCGGCCCGAUCCAUGUCCGAUCGCAUCUCCUUCGGGACUGGGGCCGUUCGAGUUCGAACUCAAAUCGAACUGAGACCGAGAGGUUGUUGGAUCCUCUCUUCCUUCCGCCACCGCAAUGGCGGGGACUCGCAAGUAUUCCUGCGAGACUGCGAGUCAAACCCUAGAAUGGAUCGAUGCCAUCAUCCACUUCAUCAAGCCAUAUACCUUCCUGAUGAACGCUCACGUCGUCAAUUUCUUCACGGAUAGGUUAUGGGAAGCAGUUGAUAAGGAGUGGAUGGAUUGCUUGCGGGGGGAGCCUGUGGAAAAUCUUCUCCUCAUUCCUUGUGGAGAAGUCCAGGAUCACUGGCCUGCUUCGCUCAAGAAUUUCCUACACAACCUCAGGUCUCUUGUUUUUCCUCGAGAGCAGGUGGACUUACAGAAGAUUUUCCCUGGUUUGACUGUAGCUUCACUUGGUAGUGUUCUCAGCCAAGGCAUGAAUGUUAAGAAGAAACAUGAAGUCGAAAUUCUAUCUGCUAUUACAAGUUUCAUUGCAAAGAGGGUGGAAGCUAAAACAGUUGUCGACGUUGGUGCUGGUCAAGGUUAUCUUGCACAAGUACUUUCAUUUCAAUAUCAGCACUCAGUAGUGGCAAUUGAUGCUUGUUCUCAUCAUGGGAGUGUUACAAAUGCACGGGCAGAAAGAAUUAAGAAGCAUUAUGCUGCUCAAUUACGUAGAUCUGGAUCAGUGAACACGAGUUUACUUGUGCCCAAGACAGUAACAUGCCGGGUUUUGUCGACCAACAUGUUGAAAGCUUUAAGUGACACGCUUGUCCGUGAAGAUGGACAAACAAAUUUGACAGGAGAGGAAAAUGAAGAAUUAUGUGUGAAAAUAGACUCCUCAUAUGGUGGAGGGAAGGAAGAUUCCUUGGUUCUUGCCGGUCUUCAUGCAUGUGGGGAUCUUUCAGUGACAAUGCUCAAGACCUUCGUGGAGUGUGUGGAAGUUAAAGCAGUUGUUAGCAUUGGCUGUUGUUAUAACUUAUUGUCUGAGGAGGGUGUUGACAAUGCUGGCAUGCAGUGCGGCUUCCCCAUGAGUAAUGGUGUCAAAUCUGAGGGCCUCUCACUUGGCAAAUGUGCACGUGAUCUUGCUUGUCAGAGUGCAGAGAGAUGGAGAAGCCUCGAAAAAGAUGAUGCUAGUCACAACUUUGAGUUGCAUUUAUUUCGUGCUGCUUUUCAGAUGGUUCUUUCCAAGUAUUAUCCGGAGGUAUUGAAAACAAGUCCCUCAAUUGGGCGCCAAGGGAAGGCCUUGCGCCGUCAACAGCGGAGGAGGACCCUAGAGUCUUCGGUGAAUUCAAGUAUUCUAUUGCAGAGAGAUUGUGAAGGUGGCCCUCUUGUAAGACAAAUUGAAGCAGGGACAGGUGGCAAAUCAGGCCCGGUUUUGGCCAAACUUGCUGGGCAAGGUGGUGCUAGAUGUGAGGACACUUCAUUUAGAGACAAAUGUCUGCAUUUUGAGAAGUUUAACUUGUCCGGAUUAAAUCGCCUUGGGCUCAAGCCUCUGCAGGACAUAAAUUUUUGUUCGAUAUGGAGAGAAACUGAGCCAUUCGCUGAGCUUAUAGGACCUUAUUGGUCUCUGCGAGCUGGUCUAGGAGCUGUUCUGGAAACUCUCAUAUUGCUCGAUAGAUUGUUGUUCCUUCAGGAGAAAGGAAGUUCCUUGGAAGCUUUCAUGUUGCCUGCUUUUGAUCCUUCUUUAUCCCCGAGGAAUUUGGCCAUAGUGGCUGUAAAGAUUUGAGACGAGACUGGACUUUUGUUCUAACAGGUCUCUCUCUCUCUCUCUCUCUCAAGCUUGCGGAUGAGCAGGCUCAUUUUUUAUUGGCAUUUCUUGCUUUUAACUUUCUCUGUGAGGUUGUACAAUAUCAGAGCAGCGCCAUUAUGAUGAGGUCCUUUGUGGUUCCUUUUCUCGCUUGCCAUAUUUAAUCAGUCGUACAUUCAAAAUCUUCCAUGUUUUAUCUACAAUCCGUGAUUACUUUGUUAUGUGCUCUGUUCACUUGUCUUGCCUAUUGGUCAUACGCAUUUUCCCAAGGGCCAUCUUGAGAUCUGCUUCUUGAUUGCAAAAUUGGGGUUCCUACACAUGUUCUGAUUGGAGAAGUUGUGUUACUUAGUUCGGUGAUUUAGGGUAACUUUCUUAUCUCUGAAAUACAUGCGUACGGAUCUGCAGUUUUCCACAAGUGGAAGCCACUGCAUAAUUUAUCCUAAAUAGUCAUUACAGUCUGACGCUUGUGAUUGCUGUAGUAGCGAGGUAUAUACCAUUUGGCUGAAAAGGAAGUUAUUGAAUAAUGACCCUUAUUGCGUCAUGAUGAUAACUAAAUGACUGGAGAUCAAGAAUCAGAUAGGCACUGCUUCUUAUAAUUAUUCUUCCCAAUCUCACUGACCUAUGAUUACCUUGGACCUAUUUUCUCCCGUGAGCUAUGAAGGGAAUACUCUGGUUAACGUUUAACUAGAUAGGGACAACGUCUUUGUCAGUUAAAUUGCUGUGGCAGCAAGGUAUAUACCAUUCGGCCGUGAUUUCAUGUGUCUGACUUUUGACUAUUCAAUUCCAGUUCGUGCGUACUUGAGAAAGUGGAUGCGAACUAGCAUUUUCUGGGAUGCAUUUUGUCAAUUCUAAAUUUCCCUCAAUCAUAGCAGUGACUAUGCCCCUGAAAGUCUCCUUGAAAUGUCUAAUUGAGCCCCUCGUGUGAGGGGGACGGGUCUGUCUGCACCUGAUCAAGUUACCUGCUUGCUUUGACCCAUUCUUAGAAUAAUUCUUGUGACUUCAGAGGGAAAGGAAGGGAUUAUAAUAUCUCUUGACAUAAGCAAUGACUGUAUUGACAGAAAGUUCAAAAUAUUCCCUUCCUAAGCUUCAGGUACUCUAAAAAAUUGACGGAUUCUUAUUUGAGUUGAUGCGAUCGUCAAUCAGACCCGCCUAUUAGAUAGAAA